AAAGAAAGAGAGAGCGACAGGGAUAGAAAGAGAGUGUGUGUGUAGAGGGAAGAAAAAAUAGAGGUGAAUGAAUGAGAGGAGUGAAGGAAAAUAUGUUGGAGAAAAGAGAGAGAGAGAGCGAGAGGGAGAAAGAGAGCUACAGUGUGAUGGCGUGCUAAGAGGAGAGUGGAAGGGAGGGGUGUGCUAACGUGGCUGGGGCGGAGGGGGCAGAGCAGACCUGUUAGAUCUCUAGGCUGCGCUCACAUGCAGUUGCCUCCGAGCAGACGGAGAAUAGCUUCUCUCCCAGGAGAGACUCACGACACAGCGCCGUACCUCUCCUACAGACGUCCGCGCUAAGCAGGGAGAUCCUUCACUGACAUGUGAGGCGGAGGCUUGAUUGAGCACAGCAGCAGCGUCCCCCGGCCGUUCACCCUGGAGGUUUGGAAAUCCCUCACUCCAGCAAUCUUGCAUCGGGGAUACAGGGGAAAGCUGGACAGGUCGCUGAGGAUUUUUCCGAGUCGGUGAGUUGCUGUUCACGGAUCCUACAGGUGGCACUCUGAGCAACUGUUGAGGUGUAUAUAACCGCCUUGCCGUUGCACAUGUGAGUCUCAAGACCAGCUCGAAGGUGGCGUGAAAGCAAAUCAUCAGAAAACUCAGCAAUGAAGAUGACACCGAUGCAGAAGCUGCUCCAGCUGCCGGCUAACGCCGUGAACAUGGUGAAGACGGUGCAGGGGGUGGCACACGGCCAGGAGGAGGCGCGCAGCCCCGUGCUCACCCCGGACGGCGGGCUGCAGAACUGGUACAACGCCGUGCAGCCAGAGGAGCUCCGCCACCUCCGUAUCUCCAGCACAACCGGAGGAGGAGGAGGAGGAGGAGACGCAGGAGAGGGGGGAGGCACGCAGGACGAUGGGCUCCCCAGUGCUCAGACGCAACCCCUGCGGCACGAUGAUUUGAAGGAGAUGUUGGACAGCAACAAGGACUCUCUAAAGCUGGAGGCUAUGAAAAGGAUUGUUGCAAUGAUCGCCAGAGGGAAAAACGCAUCUGAUCUCUUUCCUGCUGUGGUGAAAAAUGUGGCCUGCAAGAACAUCGAGGUAAAGAAGCUGGUGUACGUGUACCUAGUGCGCUAUGCUGAGGAACAGCAGGAUUUGGCUCUACUCUCCAUCUCUACCUUCCAGCGAGGGCUCAAGGAUCCUAAUCAACUUAUUCGUGCGAGCGCCUUGCGUGUUCUGUCCAGUAUCCGAGUCACCAUCAUCGUGCCCAUUAUGAUGCUGGCGAUCAAAGAGGCUGCUUCGGAUAUGUCUCCAUACGUCCGCAAGACGGCCGCUCACGCCAUCCCCAAACUCUACAGCCUGGACCCUGAGCAGAAAGACCAGCUAAUUGAAGUCAUUGAAAAGCUGCUUGCUGAUAAAACAACUCUGGUCGCAGGCAGUGUGGUGAUGGCGUUCGAGGAGGUUUGUCCAGAGCGGAUCGAUCUGAUCCAUAAGAAUUAUCGUAAACUCUGCAACCUGCUGAUUGACGUGGAGGAAUGGGGUCAGGUAGUUAUCAUCAACAUGCUCACCCGCUACGCCAGGACUCAGUUCCUCAACCCCAACGUUAACGAGUCCCUGCUGGAGGAGAGUGGAGAGAAGGCAUUUUAUGGUUCGGACGAUGAUGAGGAUGAUGAAGAUAAGAAGGCUGAGGCAACCGCACUUGCCAAGAGGAAGCCAUAUGUUAUGGACCCUGAUCACAGGCUGUUGCUCCGAAACACCAAACCUCUGCUACAGAGCCGCAACGCAGCUGUGGUGAUGGCAGUCGCUCAGCUCUAUUUCCAUCUAGCUCCUAAAGCGGAGGUAGGCGUAAUCGCUAAGGCACUGGUGAGGCUGAUGAGGAGCCACAGUGAAGUCCAGUAUGUUGUUCUUCAAAAUGUUGCAACCAUGACCAUCAAAAGGAGGGGGAUGUUCGAGCCAUACCUGAAGAGCUUCUAUAUCCGCUCUACUGACCCCACGCAGAUCAAAAUACUCAAGCUUGAAGUGUUAACCAAUCUGGCAAAUGAAACCAACAUAUCUACCAUUUUGAGAGAGUUCCAGACCUACAUCAAAAGUAUGGAUAAGGAUUUUGUGGCAGCCACUAUCCAGGCCAUUGGCCGCUGUGCCACCAACAUCGGGGAGGUGAGAGACACCUGCCUCAAUGGUCUCGUCCAACUCCUCUCAAACAGGGAUGAGCUGGUAGUAGCCGAGUCGGUGGUGGUGAUUAAGAAGCUCCUGCAGAUGCAACCUGAGCAGCACAGCGACAUCAUCAAACAUAUGGCCAAGCUGACAGACAACAUACAGGUCCCGAUGGCGAGAGCGAGCAUCCUGUGGCUGAUUGGUGAGUACUGUGAGCACGUACCUAAAAUCGCUCCUGACGUCCUGAGGAAGAUGGCCAAAAGCUUCACCAACGAGGAGGACAUUGUCAAGUUGCAAAUCAUCAAUCUGGCUGCCAAGCUCUACCUUACCAACUCCAAACAGACCAAGCUCCUUACGCAGUAUGUACUCAACCUGGCGAAGUAUGACCAGAACUAUGACAUCAGAGACCGCGCACGGUUCAUCCGCCAGCUCAUCGUCCCCACGGAUAAAAGUGGAGCCUUGAGUAAAUACGCCAAGAAGCUUUUCCUGGCUCUUAAACCUGCACCUGUACUGGAGUCUCCAUUUAAAGACAGAGACCAUUUCCAACUUGGCUCGCUGUCUCACCUGCUGAAUACCAAAGCGGGCGGCUACCAGGAGCUGCCCGACUGGCCCGAAUCAGCACCCGACCCCUCCGUGCGCAACGUGGAGCAAGAGGAAGCCAUAGACACCAGUGAGGGGCGGAUCGGUCUCCUUGGAGACUGGCGAGAGGUUCCAGAGUGGACUAAAUGCACCAGCAGGAAGGAGCGGAAGGAGAAGAAGGUGGAAAAGCCUUUCUACUCCGACUCGGAGGGAGAAUCCGGACCCACCGAGUCUGCUGACAGUGAGACCAACUCCAGCAGUGGCGAGGACAGCGGCAGCGAGGAGAGCGGCUCGGGUUCGGAGAGCGAAGAGAGCGACGACGAGUCGGAGUCUGAUGAGGAGGAGAAGGAUAGAGAGGAAGAGAAGACCAAGAAGAAGAAGAAGAAAAUAGACAAGAGCAAAUCUAAGAAACCCGAGAGCGCAGAGAGUGAUCAGAGCAGUGGAGAGGAACAGAAGAGAAGCAGGAAAAGAGGGAAGGAGCAGAAGAGACUGUCUGAGUCAGAGAGUGAGGAAGAAGACAGCGAGUCUGAAAGCAGCGAGUCCGAGUCCGAGUCAGAGGACGAGUCAGACUCGGAUAUGGACACCAGAAAGAAGAAGCCCGCACUCACAGCUCCUGCCCUGCAUGAAGGAGAACUUAUUGACAGUAUGGAGAUCAGUCUCUUCAGAGACUUUCAAGAGACACCUGCAACAAAACCACCACCUGCGAAGCAGACCAAAAAAGAGAGCAAGAAAGAGUCCAAGGAAAUGUCUCUGCUAGAUCUGGACGACUUUGAGCCCACUCCCUCAACUCAGGUGACCCCGGUCAGCAACUUCCUGUCAAGCAGCCUGGUGGCAGAUCUAGAGGGGCUGUCACUGACUGACACUGUACUCGCCCCCACUACCAUCGCCUCGUCAUGCUCGAUGAAAAUGUAUGAGUUAUUGCACCGCAUCACAGGAGAGGGUCUGGGGGUUGAGUACUGCUUCUGCAGGCAGCCCUUCAGCCCUGAUCCUAACAUGGUGGCUGUGCAGAUCCAGUUCACCAACAACACCAGUUCAGAGACCAAGAACCUACACAUCGAAGAGCCCAAACUGCAGUCUGGUAUGAGGAUCAAGGAGUUCACCGAAAUCGAGGUUUUACCCGCAGGCGAAUCCGUUACUGUUGUAAUGGGCAUUGACUUCUGCGACUCCACGCAAGCAGCCAACUUCCAGCUUUGUACUCACACUCGGAAGUUCUUUGUGUCCAUCCAGCCACCAGUCGGAGAACUGAUGAUGCCUGUUUUUCUGACAGAGAAUGAGUUUAAGAAAGAGCAAGGUCAGCUGAUGGGAAUGAAUGAACUCUCAGAGAAGCUAAGCCUGGGGGAGAAGUGUCAGAGUGAUCACGUUAUUGUAGAGAGAGUCACUGCUACAGCUAAUCUCAGCAGAGUACCCUGUGGCUCUGAGAAAGAGUGCAGCCCUCCUGUUCCUCCUUCUCCGUCGCCCGUAUUCAGGUUUGCUGGGAAGACGGUGAGCGGCGACAGCCUUGUGCUCGUCACUGUGGUGAAGAAGGAGGCCGGAGAAGCCCAGCUCACUGUGAACUGUGAGAAGAUGGUGAUUGGUACGAUGCUCGUGAAGGACAUCCUUCAUGCCCUGACCCAGUGAUGACUGACUGCAUAGUGUGCAAAAACCUGUAGCUAUGUGUAGCUUUGACUCUGUGUGCUGAAGUUUGACCAAUUUCUGUCAUAUACUACACAAUAUUACACCUAAUAUAACAGCUUAUCUCUUAACGAAUUAAUUCAUUAUUGUCCCAGAAGAGCUGAAAUCUUAAUAUGAUCCACAUCGAGCCCUAUGAACGCUCUGUCUACAAUGUGACCUUAUCUGCCUUUAUUGAUUUUCUCCUUUAGGUUUGCAGAAACGUAGCAUGACAUGAAAUCUGACCCGGUUUUUCACAUUACCGAACCGCAAUGUCUGUUUCGAAAACGUGUCUACUUUGAAUCUCUUUACACAAAUGGGCAGCACGGAAAAUCAAACGUUCCUCUGUUAGUGUACAAAUCCUCACAACUGCAGGAUGUGACUAGGAUAUCCUGCUGAGGAGAACACACGGCCGUACACGUCCCUGUUUACACAGUGACGGUCUGAAAUGGAGCUCUGAGGAUUAUUUAACCAGUUUACUGAAGCUACUUUUACUAAGACUACUUCUCCUGGUCAUUUUCAAUGAAUCAUGACAAAAGGAUUUCACUACUGCAAACACAACACAAGCGUUUCAGAAACACGGAUGUUCAAAAACUACUGCAAACACUAAAAUCUUUUGUUUCACUUAUUUAUUCUUAAUAUAUAUAUAUAUGAGUGGAUAUAAUAAUGUAAUAUUUAAAGUCUGUGUACAUGUACACUGGUAUCUGUACACACCAGACUGUUGCAAAAAAUGACAUCUUAGCAAGUGGAAAUACCUCGAACAGAUGUCAAAUCGAUCUGGUAUUAAUAAGAUUACACUAAAUGAUUAAAUGUAUUUCAAGCCACUUGUACUCAUUUCAAGCUUGAAAUUGUCUUGCAGAUUAAGCAUUUAUUUUUAGAAAGAAGCGAAAUUAUCUGCCGAUAGAACAAGAAAACGAGUAAUGUCUAGAAAUAGGUUUAAUGAACUUAUAUUCGGUUUAUUGUGAUCUUAUAAUAAGAAAUACUAGGUACAUUGGACUAUAUUAGAGAUAUUUUUACUUGCUAAGACACACACACACUCCCACCUAGGACUAAUCCACCUACUGGCAAGUUUUUUGGACAGUGGGAGGAAACUAGAGAACCCUGAGCUGUUGCAGUAUAUUAUGGGAACGUAGUGUUAGUAGUGAGUAGUGAGUAUCGGCGCACAUGCCGUAGUAAUGCAACAAACUAAAGUCCACUAAAUCUUGCUAACAUCAGUAACAGAUUCAGGAUAGAGUGAUAGCACAUUGCAGUCCAUAGAAGAAACAAAAUCUCAACGAUCCUGUGUGGUAUUUGCUAUAAUGUAAAUGUAAAUCACGUGGCUGUGUGAGAUAAUUAUCCUCUCUAAGAACAGCAUUGCUUGUAUUGUGUUGACGAGCUUCCUGUUGCUCUUAAGACCAUGAUCAUUCCGUGCUUUGGAACUUUUAAUGACUAACCGGAUAUGUUCUAGACAUGUGCAACCACUUUAGUAAUAAACUGUAGCUGUAGCCUAAAUUCUAGGUUAUUUGGAUAUUCAUAGUGUCGUUGUUGUUGUUUUUCACUGCAACAAAAAAUGACAACUCACAAGUCUAUUCAAAGACACCGUGUGUGUUCCGUGAUGAACCAAACCGAACGGUUCAGGUGUUGAAUGAGUAAACAGUACAUAAUUCUGGUCUUCUUUAUUAUUAUUAUUUCAUUCCCCCCAACGAGAACUCUACAAGGAGGCUUAAUGAAAUGGAUUGCUAGUCUCCAGCACUAUCUCCACGCUAAUAUUUUCAGUGUUCUGCGGUAUUGCAGAGCUGUAUUUUAUGUUGUGGAUCCCACCACUGAGAAUCCACAGGAUUGUUGCUUGGAAUGUGGUUAUUAAUUUCUUCAUAUUUGUUUUUGUUGUCAAACUAAGAGUAUGGACACUUAACAGCUCAAAUUCAUAUUCCACAUUUGUGUUUGUUUUUAAGUUUAAAGAAGCAACUUGAAGUUCUCCCCCAUCAUGAUAUAAAUGAAUGAUAUUUUAAUUGAAUUUCUUCAAAGAUGGGUCAUUUACUGUAUGUUAAACGCAGGGGAAGUGUAAUCAUACUCCAGACUGCUUUUGUGAUUAUUAGACUACCCGAUAGACAGCCUUCAUGUCCUUGCUGUGUGAAUGUGAGAUAGUUUGCUGAUUUUUAUUCAUUUGUUUUUUUGUUUUUUAAUGUCAGUAAAAAUGAAACAUGCAGUGAAA